AACAAGUGGUCGUCCUCCUCCUCCACUCAACAACCGCAUUCUGGAUCCGACCACGGUUACUCUCGUACAUUCAUCGAUGCUCGUUCCGAACAAGGUAGCGGAUUCCGCGUCUGUUUAUAAAAUGAAUUUACAGUGUGUGUGUGUUUACUAGGAUAACGUAGGUAGGCGUGUGUUGUUUUUUUAUUUUUUAUUUUAUAUUUUAAAUCCUUGGCUCUAUUUCGACUAAUAAGAGUGAGGAUAGAUGAAGUUUCAAGAGAUUGAUUGUGAUGAUAUUCGUCGUUUGUAUUUUUUGAUUUGUUAUUUCAAUUCAGUAAGUUCGAUCAUUUGUUUUCAAUUAUGAAGAAGUGACGGUGAAUUGAGUUCUUCGUUAUCGCCGAUUUUUUAAAUACGUUGGAGGUUUGACGUAUUCGUAGUUGCGUUCUGACCGUCUGUGAAGUGUAAUUAUGCAAAUGCACGCUCUGAUUUGAGACAGACAAGAAAUAGUUUAAAAUAGCUUCUCCCCUGUUAGUACUGCAAGAGGUACUGUACCUUGCUGCGGGAAAUUGGUUGUACGACCGUGUCUAUGUGGUGUCUUACAUUCCUGAACGAUUUUUUUAGUACUAUUUAUCUUUUGAAGUUUUGUUAUCUGAUUUUUAAUGUGAUAAACGUUCUUGAUUACUUGAUUUAUAUUCUAGAUUAAUUCCUGAAUGAAUGGCUUUAUGUACCUUAUCUUGAUGUUGUUUGGUUUGUUUAAGUAGGUUUGAACCAUUGACAUUUAAUAAUUAACUAAUUAUGUUUGUUGAAAUUUCUUGGUGCUUUGGCUUGUUUUACUGAUGAUUUUAAUCUAGUGAUUAUGCUUGUUGGUAUUGUUUGGGGGGUCGAUCCAUCAUCAUUACUCAGUUGCUGGGCAACACUGCCUCGGCUGAUAGGACUCUUGAUGUCAUGUGGCUUGUUGUGAGUGAGGAUAGUUGGAUAUGAUCUCCUUUCUGGAAUUCAAAGAGAGGUGGAAGCUGGAACACUGCCAAAACCUGUUGCUCAAGCAAUGGAAGAGCUGUAUCAGAACUACAAAAAUGCAGUUUUCCAAAGUGGGGAUCCUCAUGCAGAAGAUAUUGUGUUGUCAAACAUGCGUAUAGCAUUUGACCGUAUGUUCUUGGAUGUGAAGGAGCCAUUUGAAUUUUCACCAUAUCAUGAAGCUAUUUUGGAACCUUUUAAUUACUAUAUGUUUGGUCAAAAUUAUAUUCGGCCUUUGGUCAAUUUCAGGGAAUCAUAUGUUGGCAACGUCUCCCUUUUUGGUGUAAUGGAAGAGCAGCUCAAGCAGGGUGAAAACGUGGUUUUGAUCUCGAACCAUCAAACAGAAGCAGAUCCAGCUGUUAUCGCCUUGAUGCUUGAAACCACAAAUCCCCAUAUCUCUGAGAACAUAAUCUAUGUGGCAGGGGAUAGAGUUAUAACAGAUCCUCUUUGCAAGCCUUUCAGCAUGGGAAGGAACCUGUUGUGCGUAUAUUCAAAAAAGCAUAUGAAUGAUGUUCCUGAGCUUGCUGAGAUGAAAAAGAGAUCAAAUACAAGAAGUCUAAAAGAGAUGGCUUUGCUUUUGAGGGGUGGAUCUAAAAUAAUAUGGAUUGCACCAAGUGGUGGCAGGGACAGGCCAGAUCCUAACACAAAUCAGUGGUUUCCGGCACCAUUUGAUGCCACUUCGCUGGACAACAUGAGAAGGCUCGUGGACCAUGCCGGAUUGGUGGGUCAUAUAUAUCCUUUAGCCAUAUUGUGCCAUGACAUCAUGCCCCCUCCUCUUCAGGUUGAGAAAGAAAUUGGAGAGAAAAGGUUGAUCUCUUUUCAUGGCACCGGAAUAUCAGUGGGACCCGAAAUUAAUUUCCAGAAAGCUACUGCUUCUUGUGCGUCCCCCGAGGAGGCGAAGGCAGCUUAUUCACAGGCACUGUAUGAUUCUGUGUGUGAGCAAUACAAGGUGCUACAUUCUGCAGUACAUGGAGCAAAAGGCUUAGAAGCAUCAACACCAAGCGUCUCGUUGUCACAACCCUUGCAAUUUCUCGAUUAGUCUCUUGGUUUAAAGCAGCAGGUGAAAGAGUGAUUCUUUUGUUUAGAUGACAUAGAGGUGUAUAGAUAAUACUGAAGAAUAGAUGUACAAACAAACAAGUUCCAUCAGCAAUAGGAAGUGAUAUAUGUUGAUUUGCAAACGAUAUUAUCAAAUCAUGUUUCUGGAGAUGUACAGCUGCAUGUUGUACAAAGCGACCCAUGUUGGACCUUUUAUUUUAGCAAGCAGCAAUAUAUCAAUUUUUUUUCCUUUCCCUUCAUCUUGUAUUCUUGGGAUGUUAUUAGUUUUUGUCCAUAUCAAUACAGAAAAAUUUAGAGAGAAAGUAUCUCAAUCCUUCCCUUGUAUGAUUUUGAGUUGCAUCAAACAACUCUUUCCAACCACAUCCGGUUAACAAACAGAUGCACAAAGUCCAAACCCGUUUUAAGCAAAAAAG